GCAGUAAUGCUUAACCAGAUGUGAAGCCUGGUUGGAAGCUCUUGCCACACUCCAGACAGCAGUAGGGUUUGCCACCCAAUUUGCUGCUUUGGUGAAUGAGGUCAGGGACGUAGGCUUGGGUCAGUCCACACUCCUGACUCUGAAAGGCUUUGGAGAUUGCGGGACAUUUGUUUUUGGCAGGGCUUCUUUCUCCCCAAAUCCAGAGGCUAGUGUGGACGAAAAUGCAAAUAUCUACUAGCCCGUGAUGCUCUGGGAAGUGGCAGCGAGUGGUUUCUAUAGGUUAAUCCUCUCAUUCAACUGACGGAUCAGGAGCUCCCCAUCUGCGGCCGCUGUCAAGUAUUAGACACUUUGGUCCUGGCUCGGGAUUCUCAAUACCUCAGAGCUGACUUCGGUACCCGCUCCGUUGGGGGCGGCGAAACGAGCCCGAAGGAAAAGGUGGUCGCUGCGGAGGACACCCUGGGGGCGUCCUAGCCACAUCACCUGGUGCAGCAGGAUACUGAGACUCCACGGUCGCCUGCCUGGGAACUCCAGACGCACCAGCAAGACCGGGCGUGUAAGCCUGGCGUGGACUACAUAUCCCAGCAUGCACCCCACGCGUCGCUUGGCCUCGCGCAACCAUUAGGUAACUCUGCCCUGGAAGUGCUUUCUGCGACUAUGCAAGAGUCAGAGUACCGGGACCGAGAACUACAACUUCCGACUUGCUUAAUAACUGCGGUGGCGCUAUUUAAAAAGCGUCAGAGAGGAGGUGCUUGGCUACGUCCCUCUCUUCCAGUUCCGCUCCCUCAGAUCAGAGGCUGGACGGGGGCGGAGCCUUAGGCCCGAGCCAAGAUGGCGGCUGCGAAACCAACCCCUACGGACUCGCUCUCUUUCUGCCUCGCGCAGCUCACAGCGGCGGCCGGGGAGGGUCUAGGUGGGACAAAGGACACAGCUACCAACGAGACACCCCUGGGCCGUGCGCUCUUAGCUCUCCGCACGCGCCACGUCAAGGCAGCGGGGGGAAUCGAGCGCUUCCGGGCACGCGGCGGGCUCCUCCCCCUUCUGGCGCUGCUACGGCGAGCGUCGGCAGCGGGUCCCGCCCCGUCCCUGGCUGGCCCCGGCUCCUCCCCUUCGUCGAUCGAGUCGGCGGCUACGGUUGGCCCCGCCCCUUCGGCUGGCCCCGCCCCCUCAGCGUCCUUGUCGACGCCCUCGCCGCCUGCGCGCCUGCGCAAGACCCUGGACUUGGCGCUGAGCAUCCUAGCUGACUGCUGUACGGAAGGGGCGUGCCGGACUGAAGUGCGCAGACUCGGAGGCAUUCUGUCUUUGGUGACUAUUCUUCAGUGUGUGAAGACAGACAGCGUCCAGAACCGAGCAGCCCGUGCUCUGGGCAACUUAGCCAUGGAAGCUGAGAGCUGUGUGGACAUUCAUUCUGCUGGUGCUGUUCCCCUGCUCAUUGAGAGCCUGACGGCCUACCAGGACUCACAUUGCUUGCAGAGCGUGAUUCGCGCCCUCCGCAACCUGGCGGACUCCCCCCAGCACCGCCUGGCCCUGGCACAGCAGGGAGCAGUGCGCCCACUGGCUGAGCUUCUGGCUGCUCCCCCAGACCCUGCGCUGAUCUUGGCCCUCGUCCGUGCCCUCCUGGAGCUGAGUCGAGGCUGCUCCCGUGCCUGUGCUGAGCAGCUAAGUCUGGGUGGAGGACUAGGCCCACUGGUCAGUCUAGCCUCCCAUCCCAAAAGGACAGUCCGCGAGUCAGCUAUCCUGAUCCUUGCCAACCUGUGUGCCCAGGGCCUGGUACGGCCUGCCCUGGGCAACGCUGGUGGUGUGGAGGUGCUGCUGGGUGAGCUCCAGCAGCGCCGAGGUCCCAGUGGGGCUGGCCCAGCCUCCCAGCAGCCCCUGGUGCGGGCUGUGUGCCUACUUUGCCGGGAGGCCAUCAACCGAGCCCGGCUGCGGGAUGCUGGUGGUUUGGAGCUGCUGAUGGAACUCUUGCGGGAUCCUCAUGCCAGCGCCUGGCACCCUCGUGUCGUGGCUGCCCUUGUGGGCUUCCUCUAUGAUACAGGGGCCCUGGGCCGGCUGCAGGCUCUGGGACUUGUCCCUCUCUUGGCCGGGCAGCUGUGUGGCGAGCUUGGUGACGAGGAAGAAGAGGGAAAAGAAGCUGCUUCCUGGGACUUUCCUGAGGAGCGGACCCCUGAGCGGGUAGAAGCCGGAAGCUUCCGAAGCCUCAGGUCGUGGCUGAUAUCCGAGGGCUACGCCGCAGGCCCGGAAGACAUCUCUCCGGACCGGUCUCCAGAGCGCUGUCCACGGCCUCCUCCACCGCCUGCGCCCCCUGAGCAGGCCCAGGCAGCCAGUCCCGCCCGGGGCCCAGCCUUGGUGCGGACGCCUCGAGGCCGCAGCCCUGCCACCGAGGAGUCUUGGGGCCGCGAGGGGCCAGCGCUGCUGCUGCUUUCACGCUUCUCCCAGGCGCCAGACCCAAGCGGGGCGCUGGUGACGGGCCCGGCCCUGUGCGGCCUGCUGGCCUACGUGACGAGGGCGCCGGGCCCCCCGAGCCCGCGCGCACUGCGCAUCCUGGCGCGCCUCACCUGCAACCCUGCCUGCCUCGAGGCCUUCGUGUGCAGCUAUGGUGCCGCGCUGCUGCGAGCCUGGCUGGUGCUGGGUGUCGCCCCGGACGACUGGCCCAUGCUGCGUGCCCGGCCCCCCAGUCUGCGCAGCCAGCACCGGGAGCUAGGUGAAAUGCUUCUGCAGAACCUGACGGUGCAGGCGGAGUCGCCCUUCGGAGUGGGGGCCCUCACCCACCUGCUGCUCUCCGGGAGUCCUGAGGACCGCGUGGCCUGCGCGCUGACCUUGCCCUUCAUUUGUCGGAAGCCCUCUCUGUGGCGCCGGCUCCUUCUGGACCAGGGCGGCCUCCGACUCCUCCUCUCGGCGCUGACGCGGCCCGCCCCACACCCGCUCUUCCUCUUCUUUGCUGCAGACUCCCUUUUCUGCCUCCACAGCCUGGUGUCUCCCACUGUGAGCCCAGCCCCACCACCUGCAACCCCCUUGGACCUAGACCCGCCCUCCCCUUGCCACUAUGAACCUCUGCUGGGCCCAGCUCCCAUCCCAGCCCCGGAUCUGCACUUCCUCCUGGACUCAGGCCUCCGGCUCCCCGCCCAGCGAGCUGCCUCAUCUGCUGCCUCCCCUUUCUUCCGGGCCCUGCUAGCUGGCAGCUUUGCUGAAGCCCAGAUGGACCUGGUACCUCUUCGAGACCUAUCACCCAGCGCAGCCUGGCCAGUCAUGCAUCACCUGCAUGGCUGCCGGGGCUGUGGGGCAGCCCUGGGGCCCAUUCCCCCGCCAGGCCAGCCCCUGCUGGGCUCAGAGGCUGAGGAGGCACUGGAGGCUGCUGGCCGUUUCCUGCUGCCUGGGCUGGAGGAGGAACUGGAAGAGGCUCUGGGCCGUAUCCACCUGGGAUCCCAAGGUAGCCUAGAGUCAAUGGGUGAGGUACUCCGCCUGGGCCGGCCCCGGAUGGCUGUCCACUGUGCACGCUGGGUCCUGGGGCCAGGGCAGUGCACACGGAAGCGGGCUCUGGCCUUAGUGGAGCUGGUGGAGGCAGCAGGCGAAGAAGCAGGUCCCCUGACUGAGGCUUUUCUGGCUGUGGUGAUGGGAGUUGAAGUGGGGAACAGGGGUCCCAGUCUAGACUCUUGAUAUCCCCUCGGAGGGGACCCAGGAACGAAUUGGCAAGAAGAAGGCGUCCCUCGGAGUGGCACAGGGAGGAGGCUAAGCAGGAGUAACCACUGAGGACCGACAAGAGGAUGGGCCCCAGGACGAUGGGCUGCAGGCUCAGGAGUGAGAAGCUGAGACCGAGGGGCCUGUGAGAUGGAGAAGAGCCCAGCCUUCUGGGGUUGGGAUUAAAACUUUGGAGUUGGAUAUUCAACUGCACCAUCGAGAACUAUCUAUGGCACCAUGAUUCUUAUUAUAUUUUUUCUGAAUUACAGUUUAAAACAAGGAUUGUACCCUAUUCUACCUUGUUAGUCUUGUUUUAAGCAUUUACUCCAUCUACAACAGCAUUGUAUACCGCCAAUCCACAUCCAAAAAGGUGUGCACUGUAGGAAGUUAACAUUUUAAAUAAAAAUGACAGCCCUG